AUGUCGGUGUCCCACGGAAAUAACUACGAUUACCAUCGGACGACGUUCGAUGGCGAGCGAAAUGAACGCUGCGUCUGUUGCGUUCGCACGAUGAAAUGGUUCCCCGUGUUGUUCAUAGUUUCCGUUAUUGGAUGGUCGUACUAUGCCUUUGUGAUACAGCUUUCGUUCUUCACCGUUUCUAGCAUCGUGCAAAGAAUACUGUUUCUUCUCUUCUACCAUGUUGCGCUGGUGAUGUUCCUAUGGUCAUAUUACCAAACUGUAUUCACAGAUAUUGGUCGAGUUCCCUCCCGAUUUCGAGUACCACGAACCGAACUGGAUCGAAUAGUACGCGCCAGUAAUGAAGACGAACAGAAACACAUUCUGGAAACGUUCGCAAAGGAGCUCCCUGUAGUAACGCGUACGUUAAAUGCUACCGUGCGUUUCUGCGACAAAUGUCGGCUCAUCAAGCCGGACCGAGCGCACCACUGCAGUGUAUGCGGUGUUUGUGUGCUCAAACUUGAUCACCACUGCCCAUGGGUAAACAACUGCAUCAACUUCACCAACUACAAGUAUUUCAUACUUUUCCUGGGCUAUGCACUACUCUACUGUUUGUACGUGGCGUUCAGCACCAUACCCUUCAUGGAGCUUAUAUGGACGGGAAAAAUCGACGGGCGGUUUCACAUUUUGUUCCUCUUUUUCGUCUCCAUCAUGUUCGCUAUUAGUUUGGUGAGCCUUUUCGGAUACCACUGUUACUUGGUGCUGCUGAAUAGAACAACUUUGGAAUCAUUUCGCACUCCAAUCUUCCGAUACGGAGGUCCUGAUAAAAACGGUUUCAGUUUAGGAAAACUGAACAACUUUCAGGAAGUGUUCGGUGACGAUUGGCGAUUGUGGUUUCUUCCGGUGUAUACCAGCCUUGGGGAUGGGAUGUUAUUUCCCACCCAGUCGCACCAUUUAGCAUCGAAUUCGCCGCAUGAAGUUGGGUCGCCGGUAGCGCCACUGACCGCCACCACCGGCGGCAAUCCUUGUAGUAACGGAGCGGUUGCAAAUGGCACCGUUGCGCUAGACCCAGUCCCUCAAACUGUCGUUCUAGAACACCUCGACGAAACGAAGGACAGCGUGGGGCACCGUUACCAGGGUCAGCAACCAAAUGUGGCUAUGCCUCUCUGCGCGAAUGGCUUGCCGCGACCGGAAACCAAAGAGAAUUUCGUUUCCACUCAUCCCCUCUAGUAGUUGAUUUAGUUGCUGGUAGAACUGUAGCGUUACACGUGAAAUUGGAACCAUGUAGAUUUCACAAAAUUGGGUGUAUGAGUUACACUCUUAAACCCGUAAUUAGCUAGCGUCGCCUUACUCUGACGGCCUUAACGUGGGCGUAAAGUGGUGGAUGAUAAUCUGAAAAUGGAGAGCGUAUUUAAUGGACAACAAUCCAUUCUUUGUUAGUGUAUGCCCGCAAGUGCAGUAAUUAAUAUUGAUUAUGCGUUAAGCAUCGGUUUGCUACCAUUUUUUGGCGAAUCGCAACCCUGUGUCGGCAGUUCGUUUAUGAAUUCAAGAUUUCUUUUUAAAGCCAGCGAAAUUAAUACAUAAGGUACAAACAACACAAUUGAUUGACAAUGACAGUGGACUGAAACAAAAUGGGAUUAGCAGAAACACUUUAUUAAUUACGUGCUAAUAAUAGUAUUAUCGUCCUUCUUGAUUGGAUCAGUAAUUGUGAAAAGGAAAAGCUGUUUGCGAACGCUUUCGAAUGACUUAACUCAAAUCAUACAAAAGUAUUUGAUAUACAAUAAACGAUGAACGGCAAA